AUGUCCGUGUCACUCCCCACACACCCAGGUCUGUGCAAGAACGACCGCCUAUCAGCCAACAUUCUGACCCCCACCACCAAGGCAGCCGAUCACGACGAGCCAGUCACACCAGAGGAGAUCGUCUCGCGCGGGCUCAUGACCCGGGAGGAGUUUGAGACCACCAGGGACUUGGCUCUAAAGCUGUUUGCUUUCGGGCAGCAGGUGGCGGGGGAGCACGGGCUGAUUCUUGUGGAUACGAAAUACGAGUUUGGGAAGGAUUCUGACGGCAACAUUCGACUCAUUGAUGAGGUCCACUUGCACUGGAACUCCCCUUUGCUCCCCGCCUUCUCUCCCGUCUCACCCCCUCCCUCUCCCCCUCCCUCUCCCCCUCCCUCUCCCCCUCCCUCUCCCCCUCCCUCUCCCCCUCCCUCUCCCCCUCUCCCUUCGCCCCAUCUCUCCCCGUCCACCCAGGUGCACACACCAGACUCCAGCCGCUAUUGGAUUGCAUCCACAUACGAGCAGAGGGGCUGCAAUUGA